GCGCAAUCAUUCGCACUUUACCACCAUAUCCGUGACGAUCUUCAAUAAUUUGAGAGCCGUUCUAUGUCACGUCGCCACGCCGCCAGACUUCACGAUAUUUCUCAACACCUCAAUUUUAACGCAGCCAUGGCGACCAUGCGAGCAGUCGACAUCAAAGAUGGCAAAGGCCCUCUCGACAACCUCUUCAUCAACGACAAAACCCCUCGCCCAGAACCCACAGGCUCUCAAGCUCUCGUAAAAGUCAAAGCCUUCGGCCUCAACCGCAUGGACAUCCUCCAACGUGAAGGUCGCUAUCCCGUCCCUCCACAAGCCCCCAAAACCCUCGGUGUAGAAUUCAGCGGCACAAUUGAAGAAGUCUCCUCCUCCAACAAAGAAGGCUUCAAACCCGGCGACGCAGUUUUCGGUCUCGCUUAUGGAGGCGCUUACGCCGAAUACAUUGCUGUUUCAACCCAUAUGCUGAUUCACAAACCUGAUGAACUCAGCUGGGAAGAAUGCGCCGGAAUUCCAGAAACCUGGAUUACUGCUACACAAGCCAUGUAUCUCAUUGGAGAAUUCACCCCAGGGAAAUCCAUCCUUUGGCAUGCGGGCGCCAGUUCUGUUUCCAUUGCUGGUCAACAAUUGAGUAAAGUCAACGGUGCCUCCUCCAUCUUCGCCACCGCCCGUUCCGAUGAGAAGUGUGAUUUCUGUGUUAAGAAACUCGGUUCAACCCAAGCAUGGAACACGACAAAGACUGAAAACUGGAGUGAGGAAGUGAAGAAAGCUACGGAUGGGAAGGGAGUAGAUAUUAUAGUGGAUUUCAUUGGUCCUACGACUUUUGCGGGGAAUUUGGAUGCUGCGGCGAAGGAUGGGAGGAUUGUGAAUUUGGCGACGUUGGGUGGGAUGAAGUUGCAGGAUACGAACGCAAAUUUUGGGAAUUUCGUGGCGAAGAGGUUGAGGUACGAGGGAUCGAGUUUGAGAAGUAGAGACGAGGCGUAUCAGGGGAAGCUGAGAGACCAAUUGGUUGAGCAUGCUUUGCCUAUGUUCAAGGAUGGGAGGCUGAAGAGCAUCAUUGAAAAGGUGUACCCAUGGGAGCAGAUUCAAGAGGCGCAUCGACAGAUGGAAUCGAAUCAGACGAUGGGUAAAUUGAUAUGUCGGAUUGAUUAGAAGUUCCUUAUCCAGGAAACGCUAUCUUAGGAAUGAAAAAGGCAUCCUAUCGUUUCAGUCGAACUUGAUCGUUCCCA